GUAUGAAGGCGCAGCUCAAAGUCUUGUCACAAGACACCGCCAUCGUCAAUGCAGCCAGCAUCGCAGCAGUCAUGGGCCGCGACAAGAAUUCAAGCUAUUCGGCAAGCAAACAUGCGGUGCUUGGCCUGACGAGAAGUGCUGCUAAAGAGGUCGGGGUGAAGGGCAUUCGCGUCAACGCAAUCUGUCCGGGACGGAUUGAUACGCCCAUGGCAAGAAACGCUGCAGCAACUGCGACCGGUGGCACUGCGGCACCUCCGCCAAGCAAUACUGGAUUCCAGGGUAAUUUCGAUUUCAUCGCGUUGCGAAGGGAAGGCCGAGCAGAAGAGGUAGCAAAGUUGAUCGCUUUCUUACUUAGUGACGAGUCUUCGUACAUUUCUGGCCAAGGUAUCUCCAUCGACGGGGGUUGGUUUUGUUAGCUCUGAGAAGUGCCCAG